AUGUGUGACGACGACGUUGCUGCUCUUGUAAUCGACAAUGGUUCUGGCAUGUGUAAAGCUGGUUUCGCCGGUGACGAUGCACCACGUGCUGUUUUCCCAUCCAUUGUUGGCCGUCCACGACAUCAGGGUGUUAUGGUUGGGAUGGGACAGAAGGUAGGUGUUUACCUGGAAUUUAUUGAGAUUCACAGUUGUAUAGUUCGGUAUGCCGCUUGCGGUGGAAUGAGUGUACGUCGGACAUCGUCAUAUUUGGUGCUUUGCAAAGACUCGUAUGUCGGCGACGAAGCUCAAUCGAAACGAGGUAUUCUCACGCUAAAAUAUCCAAUUGAACAUGGUAUUGUGACCAACUGGGAUGAUAUGGAAAAGAUUUGGCACCAUACGUUUUACAACGAAUUGCGAGUAGCACCGGAAGAGCAUCCCGUUUUGCUAACAGAAGCACCGUUGAACCCAAAGGCAAACAGAGAGAAAAUGACACAGAUCAUGUUUGAGACUUUUAACACCCCAGCUAUGUAUGUUGCAAUCCAGGCAGUCCUGUCCUUGUAUGCUUCUGGUCGUACAACUGGUAUUGUGCUUGAUACUGGUGAUGGUGUUACGCAUACUGUUCCAAUUUAUGAAGGCUAUGCACUACCACAUGCAAUUUUGCGUCUUGAUUUGGCUGGUCGUGAUCUUACCGAUUACCUCAUGAAGAUCCUUACUGAACGCGGUUACUCGUUCACGACUACAGCGGAACGUGAGAUCGUUCGAGACAUCAAAGAGAAACUGUGUUAUGUAGCUUUGGACUUCGAGCAGGAAAUGGCUACUGCAGCAUCGUCAUCAUCAUUGGAAAAAAGCUAUGAACUGCCUGAUGGACAAGUCAUCACUAUCGGCAACGAGCGAUUCCGAUGCCCCGAGGCCCUGUUCCAGCCUUCAUUCCUUGGAAUGGAGUCGACUGGUAUUCAUGAGACGACGUACAACAGCAUUAUGAAGUGCGAUGUAGAUAUUCGAAAAGAUCUUUAUGCGAACACUGUUCUUUCAGGAGGUACUUCAAUGUUCCCAGGCAUUGCUGAUCGUAUGCAGAAAGAGAUUACUGCACUUGCCCCAAGCACAAUGAAAAUCAAGAUCAUUGCACCACCAGAGCGUAAAUAUUCGGUUUGGAUUGGCGGUUCUAUCCUGGCAUCACUAUCCACCUUCCAACAAAUGUGGAUCUCGAAGCAAGAAUACGAUGAAUCGGGACCAUCAAUCGUUCAUCGUAAAUGUUUCUAG